AUGUGGGACCCUCGUGGCUGGAAUCGAAGGGUGGAUGCGGCCAUGCCUCCCCAAGUGAAGACGUCAUGUGAAAAGGGAAUUAACGCAGAACAUGUACGUCACUGCAGCAUACUGCAACAAAGGCUUGCGGAGGUCCCUGUCAUUUUGCUUAUGAGGUCAUCAGGGAAUUUAUUUGUAUCUCGGCAGAUUCCCAGCCUUCUGUCCUCACGACUUCCAAAAAGGAAACCAAAGCAUUUUAACGCCUUUGCUGUCCGUUCAGUCGGUAAUCUAGCUUGUGUGUUUAUCUCAGCGUGGUUCUGUGCAUUGUGCAAAAAGAUACGACUGGAAUUAAUAGGCUCAUUUGAACCUUGUACCUCUAAUGAAUAUUCAAAGGCAAUAUGUUUCCAGCCCUUUGACAAAAAUGUCACCAACGACAACUGGCUUUCCCGAGCGGUUACUCAUCCAGCACUUUUAGCUCUGAAUUCUGUUUUGUUUACAUUGAAAUACAGAUUUUCGAGGCAGAAGGGUGUGAGGCCCUACGACUGCGGCUCCAGGAUCGGCGAGGAGGACGAGGACCUUCCCGGGAGUCCGGCGUCCGUCAGGAGGGCCUCGGACGCCUCGGCGCGGGAGAGGGACCUGGAGGAGGCGCGGCAGAGCAGCGACUCGCCUCUCGGGAAAACAAAGAUCAGGGACAGUGACAAUGCGAUGGGGAUUGUGAUUAAGGUGGAGGAUUUCGGGGCAGACGAAGUCACGCGAACGGAUGCGGACGAUAAAGACAAAAAGGUCGAAAAGGAAAGGGAGGAAACGGAGAAAAGCAGCGCGAGGAGCGAGAAGGGGCCCUCGCAGGCGUGUAAGGAAGGGGAGGAGGACGAGGCCAAGAUGGCGAACAUAGAGGCGGUGAUGAAGGCCAUUUCGGACAACAUUCCCGUCGCGAAGUCUCCGGACUGCUCGCCUGCGGACAGUGCGUGCGAUGGCGCGGCGAAGUCCGGGUCUCCCGAGGAAUCGAACGCGGGCUGCAAGGUCGCGAGCGAGGCGCCGAGGGCUCGAGAGAACGCCGACAGGUGCCUGAAGACGAGCGGCGCCGAGGAGCUGGUCCCGAAGCGCAAGAAGAGCCUGACGUGGUCGGAGAACACGCAGACCAUCGAGAGCGGCGCGGCGGAGCGGGACCUCUCGCGCAGGAACAGCGAGGCGGACGACCCCGACAAGUGCCUCAGGGACUCGAGCAGAAGGCCCAGCGCCUCCAGCAGGCCCAGCAGCCGCAACAGCGAGCGGUCGAGAGGGCGUAACAGCAGGUCGGGCGACCUCGGCGACAUCUCCGGCAGAAGAAGAAGCAGCACUGCGUCCACCUACUCCGCCCGGAAGGGCAGCGAGACCUUCCAGACGCUGCCGGGGCCUCGGCGGGAGCACCGCAGCCUCAGCACGUCCUCCGCCUCCAGCUCGAGGAGGAACAGCCGGAGGAGCAUCAAGGACGAGGCCGAGGUGGAGACCCUCCUGGCGCGCUCUCCCGACGGCCGCUCCGACGUCACGCUCGCCUCCAUCCUCAACCACAUCGCCUACGUGAACCAGGCCGCGUCCUCCGCCAAGCUGCCCUCCUCGCUCAAGGACUCCAGGAAGGCGCAGGUGCAGCAGGUGUUGCUGGUGACCUACGUGACGGCCGCCCUCGGCACGCUGCUCUCCCUGGCGCUCGUCUACGGCGUCUACGGCCACUUCAGCGCCGUGAACGUGUUCGCUCGGCCGCCCUGGCUGUGGUUCGCGUACGAGUCCAGCUGCAGAUUCCUCGAAUUCCUGAUGGGGUGCGCCAUGGCCAACAUCACCCGCCAGCCCGUCAACCGCCACCCGCAGUACCCGUAUUCGCUCAGGCUAAAGCAGAGGAAUUCGCUUUACAUGUGAUGUGGGGGCGACGUCCUUAUAGCCUUGUAUGGAGCUCUUUGAAGGAAGUAUGAAGAAGGGGAUGUGUAAGGAAGAUGUGUAAGGAACUUUGCCUUUGACGAAAGAGAGAUAGAAAGAGAGAGAGAGAGAGAGAGACAGAGAGAGAGAGAGACAUAUGACUUGAAACCCGUGGGUUUGUGUGUCAGAAGGGUAAUCAUCCCUGAAUCAUUUUGAUAAGUGAAAAACAAAACAAAUAAAUAAAUCUAAAAGAUAUAGACAAGAAUUGAAUAAAAAUUGACAUAGCCAUUAUACAUAUACAAACGUGGGAGAGCAAACCAUAGGAGAAACAAAGACGGCAUUCUCGCUAAGAAACUUUGCUGGUUUCAAAGUUGUUGAGUGUUAGAAUCCCUACCACACUUACCGUAGUAUAUAGCAACCCCGCCUCUAUAAUGUAAACACAGUCCCUCAUGGAUAUUCUCUUAAAAAAAAGGAAAAAAAAGGAGAAAAACCCGAUGUUUGUUAUAAAAUAUUAUUUUGGACGUUAUUAUAAUUUGUAUAUAAGCGAGUUCGAUGUUGUAAUGAGAUAGAGAUAGAACCAAAUGUACAAAAUACACUUAGGCAUUGCGUUCAGCUCAAGUGAGAGAGCCACCUAUGGCACUCGAGUUAUGUUUGGAGUGCAAACGGUGCCACCUGGGUUCUUUGGGUUAGCAGCACUUUGCUUUUCAUUACUCUCUCUCUGUCUCUGUCUCUGUCUCUCUGUCUCUGUCUGACUAUUUCUGUCUU